AUUUACAAUUACGUGUCCGUUGGUUAGUAUCUCCUUUUUAUUGUAUUCGCAUCAGUACACCAUAGUCGUCUGUAGGAUAACAGGAGUAAGUGGAGACAUUAUACUUUAACUAGAUGAACCCAAACAAGGUUCGAUAAUAUAGGCACAUACUCACACUCACGACGCCUUUAACCUCGAAAUAUACAAGUUCACUCGCCAUUAAAUUUGUCAUAGAAUAUACACCCUCCUGUUCUACUUAAUCUCAGGGCUGGCACACAUAUUCGUAUGAAUUUUAAUUGAUACAAAUAUAACAAUUACGCGAAAGUCGAACUAUGCUUGUACACCGAUUGCUAGCACUGUUUGUAUCCGUGCACGCCUCGCUGUCUUUGUCUAUCUCCGACACACAACAACGGCAACAACUUGAAUAUGAUGGAGAGAGACAAUAUCGACAAGAUACACCACUUUACGAUAAAUCACACGGCUCUUCUGUAAGCAGGAGGCAAGUAUUAUCUGAAUGUGCCACCGAGCCUUGCAGACGUGGUACGUGUGUGGAUGAUGCGCAAGGAUUCACUUGUAUUUGUCCCGAAGGCUACAAGGGAUAUACAUGUAUCAUAGAGAUAGGCGGGCUUCUGGAUGUACCGGACUUAUCUCCAAGUCCAUCUAGUACUCCAUUGCCAUCUCCUAUAGCGAUUCCGACUUCUAUUCCAACUAAAACACCAUCAGCAGCACCAUCAGCAUCGAGUCACCCUACACAAGCGCCAUCGACCACGCCCAGCCCGCUACAGCUCGUAAAGGGAAUCAAUGUAACAAUCGCAAAAACUGCGAAGAUUGGGACAGGUGUUACAAUUGGGGAUGAUGUGACAAUUGAACAGGACGUCGAAUUGGGCGACUAUGUGGAGAUUGCAAGUAAUGUAAUCCUGUAUAGAAAUACAAAGGCGGACAAUUACGUAAGGAUCGGUAUUGAUGUAUCGGGUGAACCUAACUAUCAUUAUCGACGAGCAGUUGGUGACGAACGCAGAGCUCUAACCAUAAUCGGGAACAAUGUUAAUCUUCAGACCGCCUCAACUGUCGCCGCCGGGGCUAGUGUUUCUAGAUACGCCACAAUCGGAGAAAACUCUAUCAUAGGACCCUCGACUGUGUUGGCGCAGUAUGUUGAUGUGGGCGCAAAUACAGUUGUGGGGAGCAAUUGCUCUUUAGGAUCUUUCACCACGAUCGGCGAAGGCGUUGCGUUGGGCCCGCUAUCGAAGGUCGAUACAAAGGUUAUCAUUGCAGAUAAUGUCAAUAUCGAGGAGGAAUUGACAAUUGGGAGAGGCUCAACAAUAGAUAUCAAUUCGUUCGUAGGUGCGCGCAGCACCAUCGGAGAAUCGGUGACCCUUGGAUCUGACGUUGCUGUGGGCCCGGAUACCGUCAUAAAGAACGGAGCAAAGGUGGAGAACAACGUAAAGCUGGGAACCGCAACAGUCGUCGGUGAUAGUGUGGUGAUACCAUAUCAGACGGUUGGCGCCGAUGGGCAGCAGUUUGUCGACGACACUUCUGUCUCGAUGACAUCAAUAGUCGGCGCAGUUACCGGUGUAGUCGCGGCCCUCUUGAUUGUCGGGCUUGGCAUCUGGUGCUUUUUUGAACGUCGCAAACAGCAGGAUAUCGACAGAUGGACUGGCAAGAAAUCUAGCGAAUCUAUCGACUGUGAGAUUUUCGAGACUGAGGCUCCGGUCUCAGUAUUGCGCAAUGUACGCGCUACAUACACAAAGGACAUUCCGAUCAAACAUCUCAACAAAGAUCAGAUAGUGGGAUCUGGAACUUUUGGUCAUGUAUAUCGCGGUUCGUUGAAGUAUAACGGCGCGAUAGUACCUGUUGCUAUCAAGGAGCUUCGCGAAGCUGACGGAGAUGCCGAAGAAUCGCUCAUGCGAGAGGUCGACUUGAUGCGACGUUUGGAUCAUCCACAUGUAAUUUACAUAUUAGGUAUCACUAAGCGUGUAGAGGGAUAUAUGCCAUGUGUGGUCAUGGAGUUUCUGCCACUCGGAAGUUUGCACGAUUACCUUUCAGAGAGAAAGUCGCGAAACGAGAAGCUGCCAAUAGCUGCGUUGUUGGCUUUGGCUCAUCAGCUGGCACACGGUAUGCUCUACCUUGGGUCGAAAAAUGUUGUGCAUCGCGAUCUGGCGGCACGCAACUGUCUGCUCGCGCCACCGACUGAGGAUUCACACGGCGUCCCGAUAUUGAAGGUGGGCGAUUUCGGGAUGUCUCUCGUUUUAGAGAAGGCUUUUGCGGCCGAGGAUGCACAAGUGCGUCGCAUAUCAGUGGCAAACGUCUACUCUGAAUCUGUAGAACCAGCAAGAAAACAGCUCUCGAGCACUAUGUCAAGCAAGAAAGGGGGAAAGCGAGAUAAUGUGUUCGGCGCCGUUGAAGUGGACUCGGAUAUCGGAUCAAUGAAGUCAUUGGAUCUAAUAAACAGCUAUCACGACUCAGAUAACGGAAGUGAGCGACACCUGGUGUCGAAGACUCCCUCUAUGACCAGCACCGGUUCACGACCGCCGUACCAGAGCAACGCCGUCCGUUCUCGGACAAGCAGUCAGUCGGCGUUACACUCCGGGAAUGUCGCGUACUCCCAACCAGCCACGGGGGCAGAUCAGUCUCCUCUCCCAGCUCAGAUGGUCCACGGCAAGAUGCGACAACCCAUCGGAUCGCGGUCUUCGUUACGAUCGGACGUGAGCGCACGCAAUGCGUUGAGUCGGAACGAGUCGACCUCGUCCGUUGUCUCGGAUUAUGUUGCGGUGGUCGCGAGUCCCCACGGCAGCCUUGGGCCAAGCCUUGCAUCUGCUAACAACCGUCACAAGUACUUGAAUGUUACCACCGGGGGUGUGGAAGUGCCUAGAAGUAGUCUCAGUUCAGGGAGAGGGCCGCCACAAGCGAAUCCCAUGCCUAGAUCUGGUUAUAGCAAUCUCAUUCCAUCGCCCGCCUCGGAGAAGGAACGUGCCAAUCAACCGCCUUCGAACAUGCGACGUGAGUGUUCUGCGUCUACGCAAAGUAAAGACAAAAGCCAAGCUGUGGGAGGUCGAGAAAUGCGCAGGGCUCUCAGCAAGGACAAUCUAGGCCCAAAGCACCAUCAGAGCAGUGGCGUGGAUGUGGAGGCGGCCAUGACCCAGAGCGAGCAGAACGGGGGGACGGAUUACACGCGCGUGAUCAUCAGUAAUAGUGACGCCCUUCCCGCCGAGAGCAUGAAAGAAGUCGGAGAGGUACCUAGUCCGGCACCACGACCACUGGCUGCACUGGUUGGGACUAGGAGUGAGGGAUCUGGCGGUGCGACAGGCUCUGAAGGCAAAGGCAACGCCUUGGAAUGGGCUAUGACCUCACAGCCCAAGAAGCGGGCUGUGGGACUCGAUAUCAACUCCUUGGCGGAGUUGAGGAGUUUAUCAAGAGGUCUGAACUCGGAGAUGAACCGUUCGUUGGAAAGCGAUCAGACGAGCACGGCGCUGGUGAGCAACAGCGAGAGCUUGUUGGAAGAGGAUAUAAAGAAAAGAGACUCUAAAGACGAGGCAAACAAUAUCGCUGCUCUACCCCUGCGCUGGAUGGCGCCGGAGAGCAUUGAAACCAAGGAGUUUACUACGAUGUCUGAUGUGUGGUCGUAUGGGGUGGUAAUGUGGGAGAUGGCUACUUUGGGAGAGUUGCCGUACGGCAAGGCGGAUGUGCACGAGGUGGUUGCGAACAUACAGAGAGGAAAGCGUCUAGAACGCCCGCUCUCGUGUCCGGAGGCUGUUUUCGACAUUAUGCGCGCUUGUUGGAGCGAGAGGCCCGAGAAUAGACCCGAGUUCGGCCUGAUCGUCGAGUUGCUGGGAGAUAUUCUUGUCGAUACAGUGCGCCGCACCUUGACGAAAACUAGUAGCGUGGGUUUGGGUGCGGGUGCGAAUAGAGUCGAUCGUUUAAGACGGACUCUGACCAACGCAAACAGCAAAGUGCUGACACAUGGGGUUCCGAACAAUGGGUACACAAACACAUUGCCAGAAGCAGAGUCUGCUGGAAUGACCCUGAAUUCUGUUACGGAAAUCUAAACCGGUGGUUGUACUUCUGAACUACGAAUACGUAAACAUUAGAAUGGCGUUUGUAUCCACUCUAUAGUUAUGCUUAACACCUACAUCUAGCAUCAGGUUAAGGCCCAAGUCGCGGAAGGUUUGACGUGUCGAAGGAGCUGCGGAUGUGCCUGUAUAUAAUUUUAGUUAGUCACGUCUAUGCGUCACAUUAUAACCCCGUGAGUAUGUGCCACUACUGGGUUUGUGAGACAUCAGGUUUCGACAUAUAGCAAUCACACAAAUCCACCAAAACGAGUCCUUGCGACAUUUUUUUUGGCCUGCUCUACAUGACCAACGAAUCGUGAUAGGCGCCCCUGCUAGUUGCGUGGCCAAAUCGUGAAGUUUGGACAUCAAAUAGCGAAAUAUUCGCGUUAUUAGUACUCUAAAAAAAUUUGUAUAGGACGCUAUUUGAACAUUCCGAUUGGAAUAUGUAGUUCAAAAUAGAUUUAAAGUGGAUUGUGCAUUAAAAAUCGCACACUUAAAGUUGCUACUAUUAUACAUACAAUCGACAAGCAGGUCCAUAUCAUUGAACCAAAAAUUAUUAAAACAAAUAUUUCAAAAGUUUUUGAACCCU